AUGAAGUUUUCAUGGAUCAUAUAGAUCUCGCUGUUGCAAAUAAAUCAUCCUUAUAUUUAUUUUGCAGAUAAUUUUGAUAUAUCCCAACUUUAAAAAUUAAUUUUGUAUUUAUGGGUUCAUUUUUUUUUAUAAAUGGGAAAAUUAUUAGAAGAUAAUUAAAAAAAGCCAAAUAGAAUUUUCAAUUAAUAUAUAGGUUGUUAAGAUUAAAAAUUACCUUCUUACCACACUAUUAAUUAUUAUAAAACUUAAAAAAAAUAUACAUGA